CCUCAAUUCCUACAACCCUCCUCCGCUAGCUGCCAUUGUCUCCAGCCGCUGGUGCCUGCGCAUUCGGCUCCCGCUCCCGCCGCCUCUCUCGUCCGCGCUGCGGCUCCCAGGGUUGACGAGCCAGGGCUGGGCAGCAUUCCUCUACCGCCGCUCUUAUGCCGACUCUCGGAUUCCUCAAGAAGAAGCGGACGAAGGACUCGACGGGAUCCAGGGACCUCGACUCGCCCACUUCGCCCAUCAAGGAAACCGCGUCGCCCAUCACCCCGAUCACCUCUAAGACGCUGUCUAGCUCCUUUACCCACAGCAGCAAGACCGCCACCACCCACGAGUCGACCGCUGCAUCCCACUCCACGCAGGCGUCAACCGCCCCGUCCAAGGUCGCCGACUCCAUGAACCCCUCCGCCUACCCGCAGCAGGCCUAUGCGACCCCGCAAGCGUCUCCCGAGCCCUACCAGCAGUCCUCACACAAUGUCCCAAGCAUACAGAACCUCAUACAUCCAUCCAACUCGAACCAGUUGUACCAGAACCAGCAGCAGCGGCCCAUCGAGCAGAGGGCUGCGAAUGGCGCCGUCACGCAGCAAUCGCAGCCCACACAGCCUCAAGUCCGCGCCACAAAGGGAAAAUACACGCUCAGUGACUUUACAAUCCAGCGGACGCUGGGCACGGGUAGCUUCGGUCGGGUACAUCUCGUCCAGUCCAAGCACAAUCAGCGAUUCUACGCCGUCAAGGUGCUGAAGAAGGCCCAGGUGGUCAAGAUGAAGCAAGUUGAACACACCAAUGACGAGCGCCGCAUGCUGCAGCAAGUUAAGCAUCCCUUUUUGAUCACUCUCUGGGGCACCUUUCAGGAUUCGAAAAAUCUAUACAUGGUCAUGGACUUCGUCGAGGGUGGUGAGCUCUUCAGUCUGCUGCGAAAAUCUCAGCGUUUCCCCAAUCCCGUCGCCAAAUUCUACGCCGCCGAAGUCACGCUCGCGCUUGAUUACCUCCACCAGCAGAACAUUAUCUACCGCGAUCUCAAGCCCGAAAACCUACUUCUUGACAGACAUGGGCAUCUAAAGAUUACCGAUUUUGGCUUUGCCAAAGAAGUGCCAGACAUCACCUGGACGUUGUGUGGAACUCCUGAUUACCUAGCCCCGGAGGUAGUGGCAUCGAAAGGGUACAACAAGUCGGUCGACUGGUGGUCUCUCGGCAUCCUCAUCUUCGAAAUGCUCUGUGGCUUCACUCCUUUCUGGGAUGGCGGGUCGCCCAUGAAGAUUUACGAAAACAUCCUGAAAGGGCGGGUGAAAUACCCCUCAUACAUCCACCCAGACGCCCAAGACCUGCUGCAGAAGCUCAUCACACCAGACCUGACUAAGCGACUCGGAAAUCUCCACGCAGGCAGCAAAGACGUGAUGAACCAUCCGUGGUUUGCUGAGGUGACGUGGGAACGGUUGCAGAAGAAGGAUAUUGAUGCGCCGUAUGUACCGCCUGUUCGAGCGGGUGUUGGCGAUGCAAGUCAGUUCGACAAGUAUCCGGAAGAAACAGAAGCAUAUGGACAGACUGGAGAAGAUCCGCAUGGACAUUUGUUCCCUGACUUCUAAGCCGUUCGAUGCAAGUGAACGCAAUUCGACUUCAAUCGCCGCAUCAUCGCGCGAACUACACUGCAUGCAGUUUGAAGCGCUAUCUCCUUGGUCACAAGGCCUUUGACGUGGCCAACUUGCACUGCUUGCCACUGCAUUCCCUCUUCACGUACGCAAGCUUCUUCACUACCAAUCAAAGAAAAAUUCAGCGGACCUGUAGGAUCCUUGUACUUUUGCA